GCCGCCAGCAUGUCUAAAGUGGCGGCGGCGACUGGAGCUGCAGCCGCGGCGGCCGGAGCCGAAAGUUGCGGGGCGGCGCCGGCCGAAGACCUCUCCAAAGUGUCGGACGAGGAGCUGCUGAAGUGGACCAAAGAAGAGCUCAUCCGCAGCUUGCGCAAAGCCGAGGCCGAGAAGAUGAGCGCCAUGCUGGACCACAGCAACCUCAUCCGCGAGGUCAACCGGCGCCUACAGCUGCACCUGGGCGAGAUCCGGGGGCUGAAGGACAUCAAUCAGAAACUGCAGGAAGACAACCAGGAGCUGCGAGACCUUUGCUGUUUCUUGGAUGAUGACCGGCAGAAAGGCAAAAAGGUUUCCCGAGAGUGGCAAAGACUUGGCCGCUACAGUGCCGGUGUCAUGCAUAAAGAGGUUGCCUUGUAUCUGCAGAAGCUGAAGGAGCUGGAAGUGAGGCAGGAAGAGGUUGUGAAGGAGAACUUGGAGCUGAAGGAGCUUUGUGUCCUGCUGGAUGAAGAGAAGGGGGGUGUUGCGGGGUGCCGGAACUCAGUGGAUAGUCAGGCCAGUCUCUGCCAGCUCAGUGCCACCAAUACGUACAUCAGGGAUGUUGGGGAUGGAAGCAGCACCUCCAGCACUGGAAGCACAGAUAGUCCUGACCAUCAUAAGCACCACCUGAACUCAAGUCCAGAGCACCUCCAAAAAACAAGGAGUGAAGGGAGCCCCGAGCAUCAGAAGCACAUGAGCGCUAGUCCAGACCACCUCCACAAACCCAGGAGAUGUGCAAGCCCAGAUCCCCAGAAGCAUUUGAAAGGACUGAGCCCAGAGCAUCACAAAACAAUUGGUAAAGUGGCCCCCGAGCAGCAAAAGCACAGCUGUAGCAGUCCGGAGACCCUGCCCAAGCACAUGGUGAGUGGUAGCCCUGAACAUUUUCAGAAACAUAGGCCUGGAAGCAGCCCGGAGCACCAGAAGCACAGCAGCAGCAGCAGCAGCCCAGAGCAUCUUCAGAAGCACACUCUGAGUGGAAGCAUGGAACAUCUCCCCAAAGUGAGGGGCACCAGUCCUGAGCACCUCAAACAGCAUUACUUGGGAAGCCCGGAACACAAGCACUUGAGUGGAGGCAGCAGAGAAGGCACUUUAAGGAGGCAAGUCACGGAUGACCUGUCCCCCCAUCACAGGAGCCUCUACAAUGGCAUGAAUGAACCAACCUUGUCCUAUGUUAGGCAGCUGGAAGCAAGAGUAAGACAGCUGGAGGAGGAAAAUCGCAUGCUGCCCCAGGCUCCCGUUAGGAUGCCAUCAGGGGCAGAUGGGAAUUUCUGCUCUCCAAGGCCUCCAGCUAGCUUCAAUGACCAGGCCUCCUCACCUUCUCAGCAGCCUGAAGUGAUGGUUAAUGCCCUCAAGGUUGUGUGGAGGAAACUUGGAGAUGCUGCAGGCUCGUGUCCUGGAAUUAGACAACACAUGUCUGGAAACCAGUAUAAAGGACCAAUGUAAAUGGAUACCAGAAUAAGAAGAGUUUUAACUGCUGGUGGAUUUGACCCCCGCUCACUGGAAUUUCUUCGCUGACGAUGUGAUUACUCCAUGCACUCUCUAGAUAGAUUCUGAAACUGGUACAACUUUUUCACAAAGACUUUGCUGUAAAGUGUCCAAAUCUCCUGGUGUUCAAUAUGUAUAGAAUGAUCCAACUCUGCUUCUUUUAAUCCUGCCAGGAGCAUUUCAGUGUAAAUGCUAAAGAGAAUAUAGGUGAUAUCAUCAAGGCUGCUCAAAAUCUAACCUGGAAAAGCAGAAGAAGAAUCCACAGAGAAAAUGCUUAUUUUUUUGAUAGCUGCAGUGGACUUUUAGUAAGAUUUUCCCAGGAACUUUUCACCAGAUUGGAGAGAUGCCAAUGGACUGUGCCUUUGGUCUUCAAAGUUUGGGGAGAAUCUGUUACCCCUGAUAGUCUUACACUUGAACAUGACAAAUGUUAGGUAAUGUUGCAUAGGCAAAUGGCAGCAGAAACAUUUCCUUUUCCAGUUUGUAGAAAACUUGCAUUCUGAGGUGCUAAAAACCUUCAAGUCUCUUAACCAGC